ACAUUUAUUCGACUAUUCUUUUUAAAUCAAGAUGGACGCGGAAGCCAAGGCAAUUGAUUCCAUUAAACAAAUAGUUCGCAGAAGCCUUGGUAGCGAAGCAUUAGCUGGAAGGAAUCAUGAUAACGAUGCUAAUACAACCGUGGAUUCAAAUGAUCGCUCCUGCGACAAUGUGUCUGACGUUGAUCUACAUAAUGUGACUGCCCAGUUGGAGCAGACACUAAAGCCGGGCCACAGUGACACCAAGAGCCUUUUCAACGUCAAUAUUGAGGAAUUUACUUCAGAUUUGCCAUCACUGAGUGAUGAAUUGGCCAUAUACGAGGACAGGGUAAAAAAAGAGCAACUCAAAUGGAUUGAUUUUGUAGUGAAUACAUCCAGAAAUGGACGCACUGAGAAAGUCCCAGAAGGCACAAUACAGCUAAACAAUGAGCAUUUAUUAUACUUAAACAGUGGACCGAAUUUGCAAAAUUUUAUAAGAUCCUCUCUAUUAUUUAUGAACGAAGCAAAUCUUUUCAAUAUUAAAACAGCAAAUAUGGAAAUAAUUAGAGAUAAUCUACUGCAACAUUGUCAAGGUGUGUUGAAUAAUAGAAAAUCGCAGGCCACAGCCAUCAAUUUGUCCGGUCAACAUGGUUAGAAAGCAAUAAGUUUUGGAUUACGUUGUUGUUUUAAAUUAAAAUAAAAAUCUAUUGUAAAUAUGUAA